UCUUCGUUCCCGUAAGCCCUAAAAUCCUAAAUCCCAAAAACACCACCUUCAGCCGCCCCCACAAAUUCUCCCUCUGGCCUCCGUGGCAACGACGAGAACCCCGCCGCGACUCGCCACCUGCCCCCGCCGCGUCCUUGCUUCCUCUGCCACCCACCGCGGCCCGCCACUCCUCUUUUGUGAUAAAGCCCUAAAUCAAAACUUAAUUCAAAUUCGAGUUCAAUCAAACUCGUCACUCCCCGUCGCUGCUCUGUUCUGUGGCUCUCGAAGUCGCCGGCCGCCGCUGUCCAUACCUCCCCCCCCCUGAUGAUUCUCGUAUCUCUCUCACUCUUCCCGGCGCAGCAAAUUAGCUCCACUCGUCCCCGACCCAACAAGACAGUAGAUCGAUUCCACUCUGCCCAGUCCCGUCGUUUCCUGCGCCACUUCGGAGCUCCGAUGCUCAGCCCUUUCUCGUAUCCCCGCCUCCGACGCGGGUAGCCUUCAGGUCAGGCUGCGGUUACUUCUUUGUCCAUUUGGUUCCAAUAUUGUAGUUCGUACAGCAUGGUUGUAGUAUGUGAAGGGAAAGAGAGAUGCUCCUUCACAUAUUUUGACUUCGAAAACCAAAAAUUUCAUUUAUUUGCUAAAAUAGGGAUCUUGACUUCGAAAACCUGCAUGCUCAUUUGUUAUACCAGCAACAAAUUCCCUACCGAUUAUAUCCCAACAGUAUUUGACAAUUUUAGUGCUAAUGUGGCUGUAGAUGGCAACAUUGUCAACUUAGGACUCUGGGAUACUGCAGGGCAAGAAGAUUACAGCAGGUUGAGGCCACUCAGUUACAGAGGUGCUGACAUUUUUGUGUUGGCUUUCUCUUUAAUUAGUAGGGCUAGCUAUGAAAAUGUCCUCAAGAAGUGGAUGCCCGAGCUUCGUCGUUUCACUCCCAAUGUUCCAAUCGUGCUAGUUGGAACAAAGUUAGAUCUCCGGGACGACAUGGGUUAUCUUGCUGAUCAUAUAGGAGGAUCUAACAUCAUCACCACAGCCCAAGGCGAGGAGCUGAGGAAACAGAUUGGUGCAGCAGCUUACAUAGAAUGCAGCUCCAAGACUCAACAGAAUGUGAAAGGUGUUUUUGAUACUGCAAUCAAGGUUGUGCUUCAACCUCCACGGAGAAAGGAAGUGGCGUCGCAGAAGAAGCGAAACACUACUGGCUGCUCAAUUGUGUAUGCCUCUGGGACUACUUCAAUAAGAAGAAGCAAACUAUAUUAAUUCCAUGGAGAAGAUGGUGCUAUUCUUGUCCCUGGUGGUGUAGUUAGUAUAAAAUUGGGCGAUAUGAAGAACCUAGUGCUUAUAUGGUGGGAGAAUUGUUAGACAUAAAUGUAUGUGAUAUUUAUGAAUAUUUGGAUGAUAAUGUAUGAAUAUUUUGGAUGUUAUACAAUAUAUGUUAUCGAUGGCAA